UAUUUCCAGACACUUCCACCCUCUUCUGUGUCCCCUCCCUCUCUUCAUUGAGCGAUAAAGGUGCCCGGCCGGCUGGGGCUGCCUCGCUUGUUUCUCCAGUGGAUGGCCCAGCAAGGCGGUUGUAAAUCUCUCCUGCGCUUCCUAGCUCUCUAACUGGUGCGCUUUGCUUCCCUUUCUGGUGCGCAGAAUGAGCGCGGCAGCUCAGACUCCAACCAUGGUGCAGCCGGAGGCAGGAGGAGGCGAACGGGAACCCCUGCCUCCGGGCUGGGAGGUGAAGAUAGACCCGCAGACCGGCUGGCCUUUUUUUGUUGAUCAUAACAACCGCACCACCACUUGGAACGAUCCGCGCACGCAAGGGGACCAUCUGAAGGAAGGCCAAUCAGCAAAUGGUCCAUCUCGAAAUAGUCCAAACCAGUCCCAAGUCAGAGAUGGAAGCAUAGUAUACCCAAAGCUUCGUGCUGGCUACAUCCCCAUUCCAGUCAUACAUGAAGGUGCAGAAAACAGACAGCAGCCCUCGUUCUAUUCUGGCUACCUGCCUGGCAAGCAACAAGUGAAGGCAGAAACCAUUCCUACCACAGUGUGGGCCCCGUCACCUGGAAGGGGAAAUUUUGUCCGUUCACAGUCCCCUGCUAGAGGACUUGCAGAAGCUGCACAGACAGAUAAACAAUGCGGACAGACAACAACAGCUGCACCAGCCCAAGUAACCCCCUCUCAUGGAUCUGAGCCUCCAUCACCUGCACGUUCUGAAUCACCAACAGUUUCCCCUCAGCCAUCAAGCAGGCCCAGUUCGGGAAGCCACCAACUCCCUCGUGGAUAUAUUCCUAUCCCUGUGAUCCAUGAGGGAAAUGUUCCGAGACAACCAUCGCAAGCCUAUCAGACUCAGAAGAAACAUUACCCAGCCCAGCAGAGUGAUUACCAAGCUCAUCAACCAGUUUACCAUAAAAUUCAAGUUGAUGACCGGGAUCAGAAGCCUCAGCGUGCACAAUCCCCACUCAGAGUGUCACAGAGAGGUUCAGCAAGUCGUGAAAAUUCACCAGGACGAGUCCAGUCUCCAAUUCCCAUCAGAGUACAGUCAGUCAAACCUCAGGUAGAUAUGGCACCACAGCAACAAAUGCCAACUCAAGGAUCAUCACCAACUCUACCAUCUGAUGCAAAGUUUGAAAACAAGAUAGGCCCUUCUGGAACCGAGUUUCCUGCUCCAUCCAUCCCAAUUCAAAUCAUUCGUGGAGACAGAGAAGCAGAUACUAAGCCAUCUCCACAGAAACCACCUAUCGUAUGUAAAGAUGUUGAUAGAAAGAUUCCUUGCCCUGAUAAAGCUGCUCCUGUAGAAGAAAAAUCUGCCCCACGAGAACACGAACUACAGAAGACUUCAGAAGUUGAGGAGCCUCAGAAGCACCCAGGAGUCUUGAAAGUUGAAAUUAUACUAAACAGAGUACAAGAUCUGGAGCAGGCAGUUGAUUCCUUUCAAGGUAAGAAAAAUGACAAAAAUUAUUUAAUGAUAGAAGAGUAUUUGACCAAAGAGCUGCUAGCCUUGGACUCUGUGGACCCUGAAGGCCGUGCAGACGUUCGGCAGGCCAGGAGAGAUGGGGUACGAAAAGUCCAGAAUAUAUUGGAAAGACUUGAACAGAAAGCAGAAGAUGUUCCAGAGCCCAUUCAAGGGGAUGGAUGUCAGCCACCAUUGUCUGACAGUAAUCCACUGCCACAGGAAAAAAUGGAUGUCGACCCUAAGGUGGAGAACGUUUCUAAGGAUAUAAGCAAUGAAAAUGGCAGACAGCAAAUAAAAAUGGAAAUGGAUCAGCCUGAAUGUAAGGAAGGAGUAGUCGCCAAUCUUGCUAAAGAAACAAACACAUCUGAAAAUGUGACUGAACCAUAGCCAUAGGCAAAAAGUAAAGUCCUUGGACUCUUAAGUUAAAGUGUGUGUUAAGUGAAUUUUAACUUGCAUGCAUUUCAGCAGCUUUGCACCAAUUGGUUUUUAAUAAACAUAGCAGCUUGGAACACUGUAAACACUCAGGUGGGGCAGAUGUGGGGGACAUAAGGAAAAUACAUUUAGCCUAUAUUCUGUAUAUUGCUCGGAGGAUUUGCUCAAAGAAUAUCUUAUAAAAUGGCUGCUUUCAAGCCUACCAGUGGGGGGAAAUGUAUUGGGUUAAUAUCUGCAAGUAGUGUGACUUAUGUAAAAUCAUUACCUAACCACAUCAGAACAACAAAUCCAUUUUUAAAAGGACACUCCUAAGGGAAAAAAGCAAAACAUUUCACUAUUAGGCACUUUAUAUUAUGAUGCCUGGAGAGUGUGUUAAGAAACCAUAGGGGUAUUUAUAUGUGUUGAGAACUUAGCUCUAUAUUUUAAAUGGGAAAAGAAAUAAAACAAUACUGCAGAAGCCCAA